AUGAUUAAUAAUAAUUUUGAUAAAAAUUGUAAAGUUUGCUCAAACACUAUUAUCUCUGGUCAGGAAAGAUAUGUUUGUUCGGAAUGCAUUGAUCUUACAAUCUGUUUAGAAUGUUACCCAAAAUCACAUUCUAUCUCUGUUCAUACAGAUACUGCCCCUCUUCCUCAUUAUUGUACAAUUGAAAAAUAUGUCAACCAGGAAUACUUUUUACGUCAUAGAGCAGACACCCUCUUCCAAACUUCACUCAAUGUAUUUGAAACAUUUAAAAAUAGAUUGUGUUUGGGUCAUUUAGAUGCUAAAUCUCCAAUGAAAUCAUCUGAAAUGAAAAUUAAAUGGUUAACAUAUCAAGAUGUUUAUGAAAGUGCUACAAAAUUUGGAACUUCACUUCUUAAAAUCGUUCCACAAGUAAUACUAAUUUAA